AUGUUCACCGAAGUCUUCGCGGUGGGCUGCAUCGCGUGGUUCGUCUUCAUAGCCUGCGUUUGUGCAAUUGGAGACCUCUUUCUCUUUCGUUACUACCGGCAGAACCCUCCACGUGCCGCCAUUCUCUCCAAACCCAAGGCAGCAAUUCCUCAUGUCACGGUGAUACGUCCUUGCAAGGGUCGAGAACCCUAUCUCUACGAAUGUCUCGCUUCCACCUUCUACCAAGACUACCCUAGAGACAAGAUCACUGUUCAUUUUUGUAUAUCUUCUCGCUCUGAUGCGGCAUAUCCUGUCUUACAGAAGAUUGCUCGAGACUACGGCGAUCAUCAUGACUGCCAGGUUUUCAUUGAAGAGGACGAUGACCUGGAACCAGCGCAGAGCGAUUCACGGGCGCAAUUGGGGCCCAAUCCUAAGAUCAGGAAUAUGAGUAGAGCCUAUCGCGAGGCAAAAGGCGAUCUGAUCUGGAUCAUCGAUUGUAAUAUCUGGGUGGGAGAAGGCGUGGGUGGACGGAUGGUUGACAAACUCUGUGGAAUUUCUUCCCAAGGACGCACCGCCACGCCUUACAAGCUCGUCCACAACCUCCCCAUUUCCGUUGACGUCGACGCAUAUUCGAGUGUCGAACCAACAGCUUCAACUACGGCCUCCUACGAUGACACUUCCACCACUCCGCUUCUCAAGCCGAGGCCCUCCAGUCGACUCAGCAACAUCACCCAAUACGGAGGCCGAUUGGAAGAACUGUUUCUUUCGUCCUCACACGCCAAGAUGUACGUCGCUAUCAACACAGUAGCUGUGGCCCCGUGCAUUGUAGGGAAGUGCAACAUGUUCCGAAAGUCCCAUCUGGAUUACCUUACAUCACGAUUGGCGGCCGCCGAAGCCAGAGCCCAGGACCUUGCAAGCAACCUAGAUUCUACGAAUGUUCAGGCGAGAACUGGGAUUGACUACUUCUCCCAGAAUAUCUGCGAAGAUCACCUCAUCGGCGACUUGUUGUGGAAGUCACCGCUUCCACCGAUAUUCUCCUCGAAAAUGCGCAACCAUGGCCUCGUAUAUGGCGACCUUGCUAUUCAGCCUGUGGCUGGCAUGACGGUGGAUAGCUACAUCGCGCGGCGAGUGCGAUGGCUCCGCGUGCGCAAGUUCACUGUACCUGUUGCGACACUUGUGGAACCAGGCACCGAGAGUUUUCUCUGCAGCCUCUUCGGUGCAUGGGGUGCUACGACCAGCAAUUACACGCGCGAUACGUUUGGAAACAGCUGGGGCUGGUUGGCCUUUUGGUGGGUCGUGGCCGUUACCGUCUGGGCAAGCGUUGACUGGACUGUGUAUUUACUGCUUCAUUCCGGCAAGACGGUGGAAGUGGGUUCUUCCGAUAACCGUAACAACGGCGUAAACAUCAGAGUUCCUGAAUUCGCGAAACCUCUCGAUCCCAACAGGUUCUCCCGCCGGCCAUUCACAACGUGGUUGGUGUCCUGGCUGGGUCGCGAAGCACUGGCCUUUCCCGUAUGGACGUGGGCCAUCUGGGGCGGCGUGACAGUCACGUGGCGCGACAGGCGCUUUUGGGUUGGUAUGGACAUGAAAGUGCACGAGAUACGCGACACGGAAGGAACGACGCCACAACAGAUGAACGGCCACGUCCCACCACGUCGCGACACAGGAAGGGAAAGUGAUGUAUUCACGACAUCAGGAGACUCGACGGCAAAUGGGGCCGCCACCAUGAACGGCCAGAAAAAGAAAAGAAGGACACAUUAG